AUGAAAGAACGCAAUAACACCACCAGAACUUUGAAACAAUCGUUUCAAUUUAUAGACAUCUUUGGUACAGUGUUGGGUUGGAAACUUGGCUACGAAAUUAAAACUAAUAUUAGAUUUUGGUUUACUAUGAUUCUUUUCGCUUUUUCGUGGCUUCAAAUAUUUUUUACACAAUUCAAGAAUGUUGCAAACGGUGAAAAUAAGAAAAUUUUCCAAGCGUUUGCUUUGUAUGGAAUAUCAAUAUCGUGUUCACUUAGGAUCAGGUGCUUUUUUAAAUACUACAAAGAAAUAACGGCAUUGCACAGAUUUAGUUUUAAAAUCACACGACUAGCUGGUAACAAUGCAACCGAGCUAUUGAAGAGGCGACAACGUUACAACUUGAGAAUAUACAUAUUCAUUGCUUUGGUGGAAAUAACAUCAGUCCUAAUAUUCUUGUACAAUCCAAUGAAGUUGUUUAUAUUCAAUGGCGAGCUGGUGUCAAUUUUACCCAUUGAAAUAGUGUUCAUCGAUCAGACGGAAUUGUCCGGGUUUUUAUUGGCAAAUUCUAUUAUGACUGUAAUGGGUGUCUACGCAGUUGUCGGUUCGCUGUACGUCGGCUUUCAAUUUUACGCUAUAAUCUUAAAUUACUCGAUCCAAAUUGAUCUCAUCGAGCUUGAUGUCAAACAACUAGACGCAUUUUGGGGUAACACUGCAAAAAGCACUUUGUCGGAUCGAUAUUUUCUACUUAGAAACAUCUGCCAGAAAUGCCAAGAUAAAUAUAAUUAUAUUGGAGAAAUGAAGAAAAUUUUUGACCAAACCAUUUACUUGUACUUUGCGGCUGUGUACAUAUCACAAAUCAUUUGCUUGUACGAAGUUAAAGUGGAAAACUGGAAUUCAGGCUAUGGAAUCGCGUAUGGGUUGUUUAUCGAAAUGUUGUUGCAAUGCUUAUUUGGAACAAGGGCAACAAUUUUAAACGAGCGACUGUGCUAUAUACUAACACAAUCCAAUUGGUAUACCUACGAUGUGUACUCGCAGAAGAAAUUUUUGAUUUUGCUAGGAUCGUGUAUGAAUUCCAAAGAUUUGUGGAUCGGACCUCUAGCACCACUGUCAGUAAUAACUGGAAUACAGAUACUGAAAAGCAUCUAUACGUACUACACGUUUUUAACGGAAGCUGUUUAG